GCCACGGAAGGAGCGCGGGGUCCGCGGGGCGGGAGGCGGGAGGCCGCGAGGCGGGAGGGCGGCCCUGCUGUGACGUCCGGGCGCCCCUCCCGCUGCAGGGGCCGCAGGGGACCCCACCCGCUUCCUCAGUGUUUGGGCGCCGGGCGCGUCUUAGGCUGGCGCGGCGGGCAUGGUUGGCCCUGGGAAACCCGCGAUGGCGUCGUGAGUAAGGAGAUGGGUAGAAUAGAGGCAGGAAGCCACUCGCGUCGGAUGCCGUUCAGCCGUGAUUCGAGGGUGACUGUGCACACGGGUGCCAGGAUGGGCUCCCUCCCGGCGCGGGAGCUGCAUCUGUGCAAAGUCCUACCCAGGUUCAGGCCCUCUGUGGUUAAAGACUGUAUCCAUGCUGUGCUCAAGGAGGAACUGGCAAAUGCUGAAUAUUCUCCAGAAGAAAUGCCUCAGCUUACAAAACAUUUAUCAGAAAACAUUAAAGAUAAAUUAAAAGAAAUGGGAUUUGACCGAUACAAAAUGGUGGUGCAAGUAGUGAUUGGAGAACAAAGAGGUGAAGGAGUAUUCAUGGCUUCUCGCUGUUUCUGGGAUGCUGACACUGACAACUAUACUCAUGAUGUUUUCAUGAAUGACAGUUUAUUCUGCGUUGUAGCAGCAUUUGGCUGUUUCUACUACUGAAUGAAUCUUUGAAAAGCUGGUAAAAGACAUGACCAUGAAGAAAUCUGAACUUUUAAUAUUGUUAAAUAUCUUCACAAAAUAAAGAUGUUAGUAGUUUGACAACUGAA